UGAAUAUAAAUAUAAUAUAAUACUGUAUAUAGUUGUAUUGAACAUUUUAUGAUUAUUAAAAAAUGGGAAGUUUAAUAGGCAUACGUUUCUGUGCUAAUAGUCAGUUAAAAAAUUAUACAAUAAUUUCAGCAUUAAAACUAAGAAAAAAAUAUGUACAUCAUUGUUCAUCAAAUAAAGUAAUAUAUUAUCUUCAGAGCCAACAAAAACCUCUGCAAAUCAUUCAGUAUUGUAAUAUUUCAAAUUUUUCUCUUUGCAAUUUCAUCAAAACGAAUAAUGCAAGAGAUUUUUCUAUGACCUCCGAUCUAUUGGCAAAGAGUAAAGAUCGUGGCGAAAAGAAACAGAAGACACAACAUAUUGAUUAUAAUGAAUUUGAACAAGUUGUUGAUGUUAAUAAAUUAAUAUCUCAACUCGAUAAUGCAAUUGAAAGAUUAAAAAAUGAUUUUAUUCAACAUUUGUCAGUAAGAUCAAGUGUAGGUGCCAUUGAAAUGUUGUCUGUCAAGUUUGAAGGCAAAGAUUUCACAUUACAAGAGCUUGCACAAAUUAGUCGUAAGCCUAAAUUGAUAGUGCUGAAUGUAUCUACUUUUCCACAAGCUAUCCCAGAUAUUUUAAAAAGCCUUUCGAAAAAUCAGAUGAAGCUAAAUCCACAACAAGAUGGGACCACAAUUUAUGUUCCUGUUCCUAAAGUAACAAAGGAACACAGAGAAACAUUAUCUAAAAAUGCAAAGAGCUUUUAUGUUAAAUGUUGUGACAACGUUAGACUGGUACGCAAUAAACAAAUUAAGGCAGUAAAAGAAAAGGAAAAACUAGCUAAAGAUCUAGUGUUCAGAAUAGAAAGUUAUAUAGAUAUUCUUAGUCAUCAGUACAUGAAUAAAGCUGAACAAAUGUUGGAAACUAAACAAAAAGAGUUAUUAGGUGAUUCUGAAUAA